CUUGUAGUUUAUCAUGACUUCGGCGCCUGAUGAUAUAUAUGAUACUACUACCAUCCCAUUGGCGGCCUCAGUUUGGCACUUGGAUUUUGAUCAAGAAACAUACAUAACUGCGUCUGAUAUAGGAGAGUUCCUUCGCGGGGCGUGCUUAAACAUUUCAGCGAUCCAAGUCUACAUAUUGUGUUUAUUGCACGAUCAUGCCAAAUCAUUUGAAAUGUCUCGGAUUUCGUUCAUUUGUCCCGAGAUUAUGUCAAGCACUAGAAUCAAGGCCGACCCUGGAGCGCCAACAAUGUAUUUGAAAAACAUUUUCCAAGCUGAAAUUGAAAAGGAGAAGAUGGGUAAUCCUAACCUAACUAAUUGGUUUUUAAUCCCAUAUAAUCAAGAAAAUCAUUGGAAUUUAUACGUGAUGGACCUACGUAGAGGUUAUGUAUAUAUUUUCGAUUCUGCUAGAGAUCCACGUCGAACAGAUUAUGCAUGGGGAAUCUUGAGUUUGUAAGUUCUUUUGCUUACAAAUUACAUUAGUCUUUAAGAAACCUAAGCCAAAAUCAUAUUCAUGAGUACCCAUGUUUCGUUAAUUUUCUAGGGCAUACCAAGUGUACAAGUGCAAUGGUGGGCAUUGUCCGAAUAAAACGAGUU